UCUGGUCAUCUGAUUGCUGUGACUGAAGGGUGUCGGCUCCUUUAAGAAAACGGAACUGAAGCCUCGGCUUUUGACGCUGCUCAGGAUGUGGGCAGGAAACGCCAUGCAAGAGCAGUGAAGCGAUCACGCUUCACGGCCGCCGUUGCACAAUACAGCGCUAUCAAAAAUGUGUCUUAAUUGAGCACGCUGAUGCCCAGGAGCGGCCAUUCUCCCCGGAUCCGUGCUCCGCGGCCCUUACAGCGCACGAGAGGGCGAUUUGCCGGCGUGGGAUUUGAAUCCUAUCCGAGCCAGAGGGCAGCCUUCUCAGCCUGCUCGGCUUGAAAACAUCGGGGCUGGCCAGCGGGUGGCAGAGUGAGGAGGCUUCGUCGCGGAAAAGGAGGUGUCUGCCUUUUAUUUUUUAAGAAUAUAUAUACAUAUACCUCUCCGCGGCCAUGAGGGAGUACAAAGUGGUUGUUUUGGGGUCGGGCGGAGUCGGCAAAUCCGCGCUCACGGUCCAGUUCGUGACGGGCUCCUUCAUCGAAAAGUACGACCCCACCAUAGAGGAUUUCUACAGGAAGGAGAUCGAGGUGGACUCGUCCCCGUCGGUGCUGGAGAUCCUGGACACGGCGGGGACCGAGCAGUUCGCCUCCAUGCGAGACCUGUACAUCAAGAACGGCCAGGGCUUUAUUCUGGUCUACAGCCUGGUGAACCAGCAGAGCUUUCAGGACAUCAAGCCCAUGAGAGACCAGAUCAUCCGAGUAAAGAGGUACGAGAGGGUGCCCAUGAUCCUGGUGGGAAACAAGGUGGACCUGGAGGGGGAGAGAGAGGUGUCUUCCGGGGAGGGCAAAGCUCUGGCCCAAGAGUGGAACUGCCCGUUUAUGGAAACUUCAGCCAAAAAUAAAGGAUCAGUCGACGAACUGUUUGCAGAGAUAGUCAGACAGAUGAACUAUACAAAUGUCCCCAGCGGUGGAGACAAGUGCUGUUCAUGUGUCGUGCUCUAAAAGACAAACAAACAAACAAACAGAAACUGUGCAUCCGGGCUGUUUGAGCUUUCAAAGUUGUCCUGCAGGCUUUCUUUUUUGUUUUGUUUUUGCAAAAGUAUUCGCUCUCCUCACACUGUUGUCUUAUUGUUGCACACAAACACACACAGACACACACACAAAAUCCACGACAACAAUCAAAUAUGUAUCAUAUUCUGGAAAAGUGUUUACAUGAAAAAGUACUUGAAUGUUUGGGGAUUUUUUUUAUAGCUUUGUAUAUGACACUUCUCUGGAAAUGUGCCUCAGUGGGGAUGUCUUAUUGUGAAACCUAAGAGACACGUGAUUUCUGGUUAUUUUUGUGUUUUUUCUUCUUUUCAGUUGUGCUGUUUAUAUCUUCUGGGCUGGGGUCUUCUGUCUCGGAGACUGGUUGUUCUUGUGUUUUGGGGCUACUACACCAAAUCCCUAGGCUUAAAUGGGAUUGUUUACCUUUAGGGUCUUUUGGUUUUUUGGAAGGCCUGAAAGUGUUUAAAAAAAAAAAAAAUACAAAUCUGAUUAAAUUAUCAGUCACCACUCAAGCCUUGGACAGGUUGCUCGAAUCAAUGUCACGUUAUCUCUCCAGACAGUAAAGCGUGAUCCCAGAGGCACAGACCCACCCGCUAAUACUGAAGCCGUGGACUGUGGUGGAGUUCUUUUGCCAGCAAAUUUUUAUUUGUUUUCUCCCCGCCCCCCCUUGUCUCUGGUUUGGUGAAAGUGGAUUUAUCGUGGAACUUGCACUUAGCUGACGGUGUCCCUCCCCAGUGUGCACAAACGAGGACCUUAGUGCAUUGCUGUCGCUGCAUGGGGGACGCCGUGACCCCGUGUCAAGUGCCUUCCUAAGAAAUCUGUGACUGUGCCAACUCAUGAGCCCUACUUCCUCUGCAGUGAGUCAUGAUGGCAAUCAGAACUUUUCUAGCAGUUUUCAAUUUACAGUCUAGUUUCACUUGUGCUGAGAAUGGGAGGCGCUUCUUCCUACUUUACUGUAAGGAAGCUUCGCUUGUCCUCGACCUGCUGUCCAAAGGGUCAGAUUCAGGCCAUUUCUUGAGGUACUACUCCAAGAAGAACAACAGAAUAACUUUACCCACUGCAAUUCUGGUUCAGUGAAUGGAAGCCAUGUCUGUAUGUAUUAACUAGCUGUUUUGUUUAGUUUUUUUCCCUUUCUAAAAUGUGACAUUCUUUGACUUACCAUAAUUGUAUUUCUCUCUUUGUACAAAUCUGCCAAUCCAGCUGUCAGUUUGGAAGACUUGUAAUACAAAACAGAUUUUACGUAA